AUGAUGGGGUAUGAUAACAUGAACGAGCAAGUGGCUUUGCAGGAGGCGGCGACAGCCGGGUUGAAAUCCAUGGACCAUUUAAUCCGGCUGGUUUCUCAUCAGGAACGACAAAACCCGCAAAUCGACUGUACAGAAAUCACUGAUUUUACUGUUUCUAACUUUAAAAAGGUUAUUUCUAUUCUAAACCGAUCUGGCCAUGCCCGGUUCCGCCGUGCUCCGGUUAAUACUCCGCCACCGGAGCGGUUCACUUCUGUUGAGUAUCGUAAUUUUUCUUCUGGGUCUAGUCAGAUGCCUCUGGUCUCUGGGUUUUAUAAACCUCAGCCUCAGGAUCUUAAUCUCAAUCUUUUCCCUGCAACUCCGGCGGCUACGGUGGUGCCGGAACCAGCAUUAACCCGUGAUUUCACGAAGACAAGCGUGGUGGGUUCCACGCCUUCUGUUAAGAAGAUUAGUAACGACGUGAUGUGCAAGGAGGGUUUCAGCUUAUCGGCGGCGAUGUCAACGUCAGGAAACUCGUCGACGACGUUUGUUUCGUCUAUCACCGGCGACGGAAGCGUGUCAAACGGCAAAGGUGGGCCGUCAUCUGCGGUUUUGGUUCCGGCAGGCCCCUCUAUUUCCGCUGGAAAGCCUCCACUCUCCGGGAAGAGGUGCCGGGAGCACACCCGGUCAGAUAACGUCUCCGGCCGGUGUCACUGCAAGAAGAGGAAAUCUAAGGUGAAGAGGACAAUUAGAGUCCCAGCCAUUAGCUCAAAAAUUGCGGAUAUUCCAGCGGAUGAGUUCUCGUGGAGAAAGUAUGGUCAAAAGCCGAUCAAGGGCUCGCCAUACCCACGGGGUUACUACAAGUGCAGUACCAUGAGGGGAUGCCCCGCAAGAAAGCACGUGGAGAGGGCUACCGACGAUCCAUCGAUGUUGAUCGUCACUUAUGAAGGGGAGCACAGGCAUACGCAACAUGCAAUGCAGGAGAGCACGGCUGUGGAGGGUGGUCAAUUUGUCGUGGAGUCGACAUGA